AUGAGCCUAACUUCACGCCUAUCGAAUUGGUUCUUUUCAGACAGCUCUGUCGGAAACACUGCUGUUGAGGCGCAACGCAAUGGCUACUCGGAACCCGACUUUGAUCUCGAUGGCGCACGACAGAAAAAGCGGCCGCGCACAAUGGAGAGAUUGGAGGAGGAGGAAGUCGAUCUGGAGCUAAAGAGACCCCCGUACAUUCACUCGAUGCUGGCUGGAGGAAUAGGCGGCACGAGCGGUGAUAUUCUUAUGCAUUCCCUGGACACUGUGAAGACGAGACAACAAGGAGAUCCUCAUUUUCCACCGAGAUAUACCACGUUAUCCGAUUCUUAUGUCAAGAUAUUCCGGCAAGAGGGAGUAAGAAGAGGACUCUAUGGAGGCUUUACGGCGGCUAUGCUGGGGUCGUUCCCUGGCACGGUUAUAUUCUUCGGCUCAUAUGAAUACUGCAAGCGACAUAUGCUGGACCGAGGGAUCAACCCAUCCAUAUCAUAUCUCGCGAGUGGUUUCCUUGCCGACUUUGCGGCAUCCAUCGUAUAUGUUCCGUCCGAAGUGUUGAAAACUCGAUUGCAGCUCCAAGGUCGAUACAAUAACCCUUUCUUCAAUUCUGGAUAUAACUACAAGUCAACGUGGGAUGCAGCCCGGACGAUAGCCAGAACAGAAGGGUUUGGCGCAUUGUAUUCGGGGUACAAAGCCACGAUCGUCCGGGACCUGCCGUUCUCGGCACUGCAGUUUGCGUUUUAUGAGCAGGAACGAAGGUUUGCGCAGAAUUGCAUGGGAACUCAGGACAUCGGACUGGGUCUGGAAAUUUUGACCGCAGCCUCGGCCGGUGGUGCUGCGGGAGUCAUCACCUGUCCGCUCGAUGUUGUGAAAACUAGGACUCAGACUCAGAUCAGCCCCGAUGGUGCAAAGAACAGCCAGACGUCACAUCUGGAGAAAGCGGUCAAGAGCAGCCAGAAAGCAUGCGCCAAAAAGAAGGCGCAGACAAGAUUGAUCCAUUCGGGGCCUCGGACAGUGCCCCAUUCCAUUCCUACACUCGACACGUCUUCUGUGAUGGAAGGUCUGCGCUUGAUAUACCAAACUGAAGGAGUUGCCGGCAUGUUUAGAGGGGUGGGACCCAGACUUGUCUGGACGAGUGUACAGAGUGGAACAAUGCUUGUGCUGUACCAGUAUUUGUUGAAGCAGAUGGAGCGGUUUCAAUCACAAGAAGGGGCGGGAGUCAUCUGA